AUAUCUUUUAAAUUCUAUACCCACGAUGCAUUAUUAAAAAUGUCAGCGCCCAUGAUAUUUUAAUCUGCAGGGGUCGAUUGUGUCCGUCGAUUUUCUUGGAAAGAACUUUCACAUACAUCUCCUCUUAGAAAGGAAUGAUAUAGACAAACUAUUGAUUUAUUGCCAUCUUUAAAAUGAAUGAGCAGGUAUGGCAGAAAGUCAAGAAAUUUUAACUACAGGCGAAAUCGAAUGCAAUAUCAAGAAAUUGUUGAACAUUAGCUCUGAUGUGAAAGACAACCCCUCACCCAAUGAUAAUAAGGGGGAGACAAAUACACAGAACUGUUCCCAAGACACAAGCUCUGUGGAAGAAAAACCACCAGAAGAAACCGUCAAAUUAGAAAAGUUCAGCAAAACGUCAGUAUCCACUGAGGAGAAGAAUAAGGCAGCAGAGAAAUAUAGCUAUGUUAUUCCAGAAGAUAUGGUGGAAGUGAUCAGUGUGGAUAAAAAGAAGAAGAAGAAGAAGAAAGGCAAUGUGCAGGACAAAGAAGAUGCUGGUGAAGACGACGAGGAGGAUGCUAUAUACCUGAGUGCAUUGGAAAAAGAGUGCAUUUUCCCUUUGAAACUUAAAUCAAAGAGGAAAUCAGAUCCAGCCUUCUUUUGUCGUUUGUGCAACACUCACUUAUCUAAAGGAGAAAUUAGCGUUCACAUUGAGGAGGAAGAACACUGUCUGAGAAUGAAGAGCCCAAAGAAGAAACUGAAGAUACCUAAAACCUCUCCAGAUAAACUACAGACAAAGAAAGGAAGUGAACAUGUGCCAAAGACAGAGAUAGUAGCAGUACCCACUCCCUCUCAUGAUCUAUCCUUACAAGAAAUGGAUGGGAGGACACCAUUCGAGGAUCUGUGCAGUGUUUUGGAGAAGGAGAAAAUAUUCCCUCUAAAGAAGAAGUCAUUGAGAUUCCCCAAAGCCAAGUUUUUCUGUCGACUGUGUGAUUAUCAUAUGGAUGCGGUAGAGGACUGCAAAAAGCAUUGCAGAGAUAGCAGACACAAGAGGAGGAAUGAGAUCAGUAAAUUUGAGAGUAAGUUGAAAAACAUUCCAUGUCCAUCCACCAGACAUCUGGCAGCUCUGAAUGAAAUGCUGGAGAGGAUAUACACAGAGGAGGGAUUGUCGGAGGGGGAUGUGCAGUAUAGGGAAGAGCUGACCAGGACACUGCAGGACAAACUGACCAAGGAUGAACAACUCCAAGAUGUGAAGUUGGUAUUGUACGGCUCAUCUCUAUCAACCACUGGUAUCAAGGACAGUAAUGUUAACAUUGACCUGGUUGUUCCCCAGAGGACCAAUCAAGCCAAAUCUUUAACUCAUGCUUUUAAAAUGAUGAAAACUUUAGAGGAGUACAAAGAUGUGCAAAGUAACUUUUCCUCCAAAGUUCCCUGUGUCUUGUUUACCGACUCAGAGCGGGGCCUGACCUGCCAGCUAACCAUUGGCAGUGAACUCGCCAGGGAGACCAACUUGCUUCUGCUCAUGUACACCAAGUGUGACCCACGCUUCAGGAGACUUGCUGUGGUGUUCAGAUACUGGGCACAGAUUUGUAGAGUGGAUCGCCAGACAGAGGGGACGGUACCAGCUUUCUGUUUCAGCCUGAUGACAGUCUAUUUCAUGCAGCAGUUGUCUUCCCCUGUGCUGCCUAUUUUAGAGACAUAUGAGGAAGACACAAAGUCCCAUUCUAAGAAAGCACCUGCUCCCAAGCACUUGAAUGUGGAACAGGCAUUGGCUCAUGCAAAAUGUUGGCAUUCACAGAACACAGAGAGUGUAGGGAGUUUGUGGCUGAAAUUGUUGGAGUUUUACAGUCUCAGAUUUGAUCAUUCGCUUAACAUCAUUAGUGUCAGGCAGCAGGAAGUUCUUCCCAGAGCAGAGAGAAAGUGGAACUCUAAACGAUUAGCCAUUGAAGAUCCAUUUUCACCAAAAAGAAAUGCUGCUCGCUCAGUUAAAAGUUUUGAACUUUUUGAAUACAUUUUGGACUGUGUGAGAAUAUCGUACCUUUACUUUGGAUUACCAUCUAAUUUUUCCAAUUUUUCUGACGAGGAACAGAAUAAUUUAAUAUCAAAAGCAAGGAAGAAAGUGACUACAAAGGACAGUGUGAAUAAAAAAGUCAGGUCUGGAGUUUCAGCUGAUGAGGAAGCAAAUGUGAAAGAAGAUGAGAAGGAAAACUCUGUCACUGAGUCUGGUGAAAUGGUGAAAAGGGAACCAACAAACUCAAUGUCAGAAAAAGCCACUCACUCAGUUUGUUCAGAACAAGCUGUAGAAUGCAGUGUGGGUUCACAUAACUCUAGUGAGAGUCAGGAAGUUUCUAAGACGGAGGGUAGACCCACUCAGACUGAGACUUUUGUGGUAGAAAAUUCCAUAUCGUCUGAGCAUUUAUGUCAGUCCAGUUCUGUAGAGGAGGUGGCUAAAGGCAUUGUAGACAUUGUCCUUAGAAAUGCCUUUUCUGUUUUGCAUUCCCAAUGUUCUCAAUUGCAAGAUGAUAAAGGAAAAAGUGAAAAGGAAGGGAAGCAUGGAUUGGAGACAACUCAUGUGAACAAAUUAAAUAAUUCUUUGCCAAAAACAGAUGAGAAAUUAGAUUACAAUUACGAAUUUACCUUGGACACUCUUUCUGAUGGAAAGGGUCCAAAAGUGUUGUGUGUGGUGUGUGAGAAAGAGGGUCAUCUGAAGAUGAAUUGUCCAGAAGAUACAUUGCCAGAGUUACGUCCCCUUCCUCCCAUGACAAAAGAGCACUUGAAGCUAGUUACAGAGGUCAUGAAACAAGUGCCAAAGGAUUUUGCACCAUCACGUGAAGAAAUCCGAGAACGGGAAAGCAUCCGGAGGGAACUAGAGCAGUUUAUACAGGAACUUUAUCCCACUGCCAGACUUGAAUUGUUUGGAUCAUCGAACAAUGGCUUUGGUUUUCGCCAUAGUGACCUUGACCUUUGUAUGACCUUUGAUGAUCUACGAAUACCUGAGAGCUUGAACUAUGUAGACUGCAUUGAAAAAGUCACCAAAAAGUUGAAAACACAUAAAGGCUUAUACAAUGUGUUUCCAAUAACAACAGCCAAAGUUCCUAUCAUCAAAUUCAGACACAGAAGAUCUCAAUUGGAAGGUGACAUCAGCCUCUAUAAUCUACUGGCCUUACACAAUACUAGGAUGAUUAGUUUGUACUCCAUGAUGGAUAGCCGUGUUAAAGUUCUGGGCUAUGCUUUUAAAGUAUUUGCAAAGAUAUGUGAGAUUGGUGAUGCAUCACGUGGCAGUUUGUCCUCCUAUGCCUACAUUCUAAUGCUGAUCUACUACCUCCAGCAAUGUAACCCGCCUGUACUUCCUGUUCUACAAGAGCUCCACUCGGAAUCGGAGAAGCCGGAAAACGUCGUGGAGGGUUGGAACGCUUGGUACUUUGAUGACAUUGAGGCUUUACCCAAACUAUGGAAGCACCAUGGGAAAAACAACGCCAGUGUAGGGGAGCUUUGGACCGGAUUGUUCAGAUUCUAUACAGAGGACUUCAAAAUGGAUGAGUGUGUUGUAUGCAUCAGACAACAGGAAACGCUUACCAAGUUUGAGAAAUUGUGGAAUGGCAAAUGUAUAGCAAUAGAGGAUCCAUUUGAUUUGAGCCACAAUCUUGGUGGAGGAUUGUCUAGAAAAAUGCACCAGUACAUAGUGAAGGCCUUUGUGCAUGGGAGGUUGCUGUACUGCACACCUGUGAACAAAAUUCCAACAGUGUUCUCAAGCCCAGCUGACUUUUUCUUUGACAAGACUCGAUUAACAGAAGGAAGUCCACCAAAUGAUAGAGGUUGUAGAGUGUGUAACAAAAUUGGACACAUUGCAAAAGAAUGUCCAAUCGUUUUGAACAGAAAAGAAAGGGAAGAAAAAGAAAGAGAAAGAAGACUGAUGGAAGAGAAAAAUGCUGCUGGUAAACUAGAGUUGUUCAACCAGCAGAGAGAGAUGCAGCUGAUAAAUAGCCAGCAGAGGGAUUACCUCCACAAUCAGAACAGCCACCAGAGGGAGUAUCCUCACAAUCAGAAUAGCCACCAGAGGGAGCAUCCCCGCAAUCAUAAUAACCAGCAGGGAAAUAAUAUACCUAGAGCUUACAGAAGGAGCAACUCUGAGAGCCAGGACUACUCGCCGCAUACAAGGCAGUCCCUACACAGACAACCAUCAGUACCCCAAUAUCAACCCGGGUACAUGUCUCCCACAGUCACUCAGAGGGACAGCAGACCACUUCUUCAUAACCCACCUACAUCUAUGUCUCAGCCAUACAGACCCAGAAUGGGCUUAAACAUUACUGGUCCACCUUCUCAUCAGCAGCUCUACAGGAUGCCUCCUAGGAAUCAAGAUCCCAGAAUGCAUCAAACCAGAAGUCAUGGCUCCUCAAUGCAGGUACAUGUAGCUUCACCUACGAUCAAUUUGCAUGAACGUCCGUGGAUUCAGGAGCACAUGACGCAUCCAUAUAAUUCACGUACAAGCAAUCAUAAUCCAGAGGUUACAGAUGGUUCCGCUGUUGGUUUUAUUCCCACUAACAAUUCCAAUUUAUUUUACAAUGUGCCCGCCAUGUUGGGCCAACCAUUGUUUUUAAAUCCAUCUCAUCAGGGGACACAACUGCUACAGGGACAAUUUCCUGGUUACCAGCAGGUGUUGUCUCCCCUUCAGGUUGCUAGUUCAGGACUGGAGCAAGGUCGAAUUGUUAACCCGAGGAAUCAAAUGAACUUAGGAAUCACAGUUCAGAAUGAGUAUUUCAGGGGAGGCAAUGCAGAACAGCAGAGGUUCACCAAUCCACAGUACAGAGGGCAGACACAACUAAAUCGACCGUCUCCCAGAAAGUGAACAGGGUUUUAAAACUAUUUAGUAGCUUUUUUUAUUUCAGCGUUUUAAUUCACAAGGACUUAUAUCAUGAAAUUUGAACGAUUAUAUCAUAUAAAAUGAAUAUUUAAAUGGCAUUUUAGGUGAAAAGAAAAUGGUGUAUUUUAUGAUAAAACAAAAUGAAAACCAUUAAAAAAGGGAAAGAG